CAAUGGACGGCUCUCCGUUGGGUUGAGCGCACAAUGGAAUCCCUCGGCGUCCUCCUCACCGCCCUCAUCGACCCUUACCUGGAGGCCGAGCUCGACCGGCGGUUCAAGCUCUUCCGCCUCUGGGAGUUGCCGCCGGCGCAGCGGAGGGAGUUCCUGCGGGAGAACGCUGAGGCGAUCCGGGCGGUGGUGGGCAGCCCCGCCCUGGGGGCGGACGCGGAGAUGAUCGACCUGCUGCCGCGGCUCGAGAUCGUCGCCAAUUUUGGCGUUGGCCUCGACAAGGUCGACCUCCGCCGGUGCCGCGAUCGGGGCGUCCGAGUCGUCUACACGCCCGACGUCGUUACGGACGACACCGCCGACCUCGCCAUCGGCCUCGCCAUCGCCGCCAUGCGACGGAUCUGCGACUCCGACCGUUAUCUGAGGGAUGGAUCCUGGAAGGGUAAAGGGGAUUACAAGCUCGCCUCUAAGUUCAGUGGUAAAACUGUGGGUAUUCUGGGACUUGGCAGGAUCGGUCAAGCUGUAGCGAAAAGAGCUGAAGGAUUUGGUUGCCCUAUCUGCUACUGCUCGAGAUCAGAGAAACGGCACACAAACUACAAGUACUAUCCCAGUGUUCUUGAGUUGGCAGCCAACUGCCAAGUGCUUGUCGUCGCAUGUCCAUUGACCGAAGAGACCCACCACAUCAUCAACCGAGAAGUGAUCGAUGCAUUAGGGCCGAAGGGUGUGCUUGUCAACGUAGGGCGCGGCCCUCAUGUGGAUGAAUGCGAGCUUGUUUCAGCAUUGCUUGAUGGUCGGCUAGGAGCAGCCGGUCUCGAUGUGUUUGAACAUGAACCUCAUGUACCAGAGCAGCUGUUUGGGUUGGACAAUGUGGUUUUGGUCCCUCAUAUCGGCACUGACACCUUGGAGACUAGCAAAGCCAUGGCAGAUCUCAUUCUCGAAAACUUGGAGGCGCAUGUGUCGAACAGGCCUCUACUGACUCCAGUUUUUUUAUCUGACUCGGAUGUUUUCUUGUAGAAUAUAGGCAACCAAUUUGUUUGGUAGAACAUCCAAGUUAUUCCAUUUAUCAAUCGAUUACAGUUGUUCCA